UUAAAUGAUGUUUUUAGUGUGGAAAAGGCAAGUUGGCAUGAAUGCAACAGAUCUUAUAAACUGAUGUCUUGCUGGAAAUGAAAUAGUUCAUAAACACACACAUCAAUAACUUAUUUGAAUGAUAGUAACUGUAAAUACAUUCACUUGAACUAGGGGAUUAUAACUGCUAUUGGACUCAAUAGCUGGGAAAUAUGCUAAAAUUGUCAGUACGACAAACCAUCAAAAUGUGACAUGUGCAAUAUGUGAUCACAUUAACAAUAUUGUUGGUGCUACAGUAGUGUGAGAGUGUGGAUGUGCCAUUUCCUUUAUGCUUUUGAGCAAGCCUUAGCUGCAGGUUUCUCCUUCAAAAUGCAAGUGAGAAGUUGGCAAAUCAUAUCUUAGCACCUGAAGCUGAAGGUGGUGGAAUUGAUCAGAAAUAAGGGCUGACCACUAGAUCUCAUCCCUUUCAAAAAUCAUGCCUUUAUCAUCUGGCGAGGCGCCGGAAUCCUCUUGUCAUCACGCCCCCUACAGCAGAAAACAGAAAUCUCUCGGUCUCCUUUGCUCUAAUUUCUUGAGCUUUUACGAUAGAGGCGGUGUUGAAAUCAUUGGGCUCGAUGAUGCUGCCUCUAAAUUAGGCGUUGAGAGACGGCGGAUCUAUGACGUUGUCAAUGUUUUAGAGAGCGUUGGGGUUCUUGCAAGAAAAGCAAAGAAUAAGUAUACAUGGAAAGGAUUUGCGGCAAUCCCUAAAGCCCUUCAGGAGUUGAAGGAAGACGGUUUAAGGGAGAAUUUAAGCAGUUUUGGUAAGCAGCAGAGCAGCAAUUGUGAGAAAGUGUCGGAUUAUGAAAAUGAUUAUGAAGAUGAGUGUGAUUCCAAUCCUAACACAGGAAGCCAGAAUGAUAAUUCCAUUCCCAGUGGCAUUGUCAAAUCAACGGCAGCACCGAGAUAUGAUAAUAGAAAAGAAAAAUCUCUGGGACUUCUCACACGGAAUUUUGUCAAGCUCUUUGUUUGCUCUAAAGCAGAUCUAAUCUCCCUUGAUGAAGCUGCAAAACUAUUGUUCGGGGAUGCUCACAAUUUGUCAAUAAUGAGAACAAAAGUAAGACGGCUCUAUGACAUUGCAAAUGUGUUGUCUUCCUUGGAACUUAUUGAAAAGACUCAUACAGCAGAAGCCAGGAAACCAGCAUUCAAGUGGUUGGGUUGGAGAGGAAAACCUGAGAGUGGAUCUGGUGAUGCUUUGACCGAGUCAAGGAAAAGAAAAUUUGGAGCUGAUGUUACUAAUAUUUGUUUCAAAAGAAGUCAAGUAGAUUCUUCAGCUGAUGGAGAUAGAAACGACAAUUUAAAAUUGCCAAACCAAAUAAAAGUUGAGAAUGUAGUAACAAUGGCUGAUAGAAGCACUUCGGGUCAGGAUUCCUCAAAGAGUUACCACUUUGGCCCUUUUGCUCCUGUUACAGUGGCCAAAGUUGGUGGUUCUGAUAAUAAAGUGACUCAAACUCAUGACUGGGAUAGUCUUGAGUCUACUUACCGUCCUCGAUAUCACAACGAAGCCUUGAGAGAACUUUUUGCUCAUUACAUGGAAGCAUGGAAAUCAUGGUGCACUGAAGUGCUGGCAAGAAAGCAAUACAAGUCUUCUGAUGCUUCACCUCUCUGCAUUUUAAUGGACUCCAAAUGAUUUGGACAGCUUCGUAAUCCCUUUUACUCUUUUAAGUACUUCCAAGUUCAACGGGGAAAAGGAAGAGAUGAGGUCUAAGGUUGGAUCCAAAUGCUCUAUUCCCAAACUGAUUUACGCCUAUUCUCCGGAUAUUUUAUUUGAAUGUUCGGAUUUUACACAUUUCCUGUGUGCAG